AUUCACAUUCACAUUGCGCCUCCAACACUUCAUCUCACAGCUUAUUUUUGCACAUCGGCAUCUGACGUCGCUUCUACAAAUGGCAGCGACCAUGCAAUUGCUAUGACCAAAUGCAGAUGUACAGUCACGAGUAGAUGCUCAGUGGCUGUCGCAACCGCGCGCUCUGUGUUGAACUUCUUCGGCAGUCCUACCGCGCAACCCGAACACGGGCCGAUGCAACAGAGCCAGAGCACUGCAGCGUUGAUCCGACGUUGCUCGUCCGUUGGGACCCGUUGACCGAGCUUCUACGCGCCUCCUCCUCGUUGCUCCGACCCACGACCUGGGUGGUCAGGUGCGGGCGCUACUACCCUUCAUUUCACACCUGCCUCGGCAUCCGCUCACGAAGCGGUCAUCGUGUCAACCGCACGUCUUGCGCGAAUCCCACUCGCACCGCCUUGCAACAAAGAUGUGGCUGGUCGGCUUCAGAGAUGUCACAAUUGGGACAACUAAGCUCCAACGCUGCUGGCACCUCUUGCGUCGCCGCGAUACUGUACCUGUCCAUUGCGUAUUUCGUACAGGGCCAAUGUUACUGCCAGCACCGGAUGCUGCAUCGCUCGGCACUUCUCGGCGCUGCUGUGGCAGAAUCGCAAGCUGGAUUAGGAAUGCCACCGUUUAUGCCAUUGCUAUUUUGCGCAGCGAGCUAGGAGGGGGAUGUCAGGACAGCGCAUGUACCUGUGCGAUACCAGAGUGAUCGAGAGAUAUUCAGAUCGCCGCGAAGGAUGAAGACGUGCGAGACCGCAGGAACGUCAUCGAGCACGUCGGGGUACGUAUGGCAGCUUAUGUUCGGUGUUCGUUGGGAGAGCGUUGCGCUGGGGGCUGAGGUGCAGAGGCGUGCAGCAUGGUGAACCGCACCCUGUAUGCGCGUUGCGUUGCGUUCUGCUGAGUUGACGGCCAUCGAUGCCCGACUUUCCCUUUGUGCUUGGCCCGCCUUGCGGUGCUCAACGUUUCGCUCAAAG